ACAUAACUCCAGUAGUAACCAAGAUGGCCGCGCCCAUGCAGCAUGUCAAACUUUGGAAACUGCAGUUGUUCUCACUAUAUCUGCGCAGAUAUUCAUCGACAUCUAAUGAAGUAAAGAAAAAGAGAUCAUGGAAAAAGAGAGACAAGGUAACAUUUCUGGAUUCUCUUCGUGUGUUUGUGCUCGGGGGCGCCGGCGGACAGGGCCUGGCCAAACAUGGCGGUGUGGGUGGUGAUGGUGGUGAUGUUGUCAUGGAGGGCAGGGAAGGCCAGACACUGUACAGCCUGGCCACAGCAUUCCCUGAGAAGAGGUUCACCGCCGGUACUGGGGGUAACAGCAGGAAGUUCCACCUGCUGGGAGAAGACGGGAGUCACCAGAGAAUAGCUGUUCCUGUUGGGGUGGUGGUGAAAAGUGAAGAUGGGACGACCAUAGGUGAGGUGAAUGAGCCUGGCCAGGUGGUUGUGGCUGCACAUGGAGGUAGAGGAGGUAACUCUCGUAACAGAUUCCUUGGUGAGAAGGGUGAAGGACAUACUGUGGUGCUGGAUCUGAAGCUGAUAGCGGAUGUUGGUUUGGUUGGUUUUCCAAAUGCAGGAAAGUCCACUUUUCUUGCGUCUGUAUCGAGAGCAAAGCCCAAGAUUGCUGACUACCCUUUUACCACAAUCAGACCUCAGAUUGGAACAAUGACAUAUGCCGAUGGGAGACGC